AUGGAUCUAUCUGAGCUUGGAGAAGCUGCAGCUCUCCUCAGAAGAAAUGAGUCUGACCACCUGCUACCAGCCCUGCCCUUUGCAGGGAAGAAGAAAUGCUGGGUUCAUGACAAGAAGAAUGCUUAUAUUGAGGCUGAGAUUAAAGGGAGUGAGGAUGAAGGAAGAAUCACAGUGGAGACUAGUGAUGGAAAGAGUCUGAGUAUCAAGAAGGACAAAGUCCAGGAGAUGAAUCCUGAACAGUUUGAUAUGGUUGAGGAUGUGGCAAUGCUGACUCACCUCAAUGAAGCAUCUGUGCUGCACACACUAAGGAGACGCUACGCCCACUGGAUGAUCUAUACAUAUUCAGGUGUCUUCUGUGUGGCUAUAAACCCAUACAAGUUGCUUCCAGUGUAUCAGAAAGAAGUUAUGGUGGCCUACAAAGGGAAGAGGCGACCCGAAGCUCCCCCGCACAUCUUCGCGGCUGCUGAUAAUGCCUUUCAGGAUAUGCUUCGCAAUGGAAAGAAUCAGUCUAUACUCUUCACAGGGGAAUCUGGCUCUGGAAAGACUGUGAACACCAAUCACGUUAUCCGGUAUUUUGCCAUCACGGCCUCCUUAAGGGAGUCCUGGAGAAAAGAGGAGACUUUAGAAGAACAAAUUUUACAAGUGAAUCCUAUCUUGGAAACAUUUGGAAAUGCUAAAACCCUGAGAAAUGACAAUUCUUCUCGUUUUGGAAAAUUCCUCAGGUUGCACUUUGAUGGGAGAGGCAUGCUGUCAUCUACAGACCUCCAGAUCUAUUUCCUUGAGAAAUCCCGAGUGACUUAUCAGCAGCCUGGAGAGAGGAACUACCACAUAUUCUAUCAAAUUCUUUCUGGAAAACAAGAACUUCGAGACAAGCUCCUGGUAUCUGCAAAUCCCUGUGACUUUCACAUUUGCUCCUGUGGUGCAGUUGCUGUGGAGAACUUGGACGACGCUAAAGGACUCUUGGUCAUGGAGCAAGCCAUGGACGUCUUGGGCUUCCUUCCUGAGGAGAAGGAUGGAUGCUACAAACUUAUUGGAGCCAUCAUGCACUUUGGAAACAUGAAAUUUAGACAGAAGCCCAGAGAAGAGCAACUGGACGUGGAUGGCACAGAAAGUGCUGAAAAAGCUUCUGUCCUCAUGGGUGUUAACUCCUCUGAGUUGGUGAAGGGCUUGAUCUAUCCUAAAAUCAAAAUUGGUAGUGAAUACGUCAGCAGAAGUCAAAAUGUAGAACAGGUAAUUUAUGCUGUUGGUGCGCUGUCUGCGUCAAUAUAUGAAAGGAUGUUUAAGUGGCUGGUGGCACGUCUGAACCGGGUCUUGGACACCAAGCUGCCAAGGCACUUCUUUAUUGGCAUACUUGACAUCACUGGUUUUGAAAUCCUUGAUUAUAAUAGCCUUGAACAACUUUGGAUUAAUUUAACCAAUGAAAAAUUGCAACAGUUCUUCAAUCAGCACAUGUUUGUUCUGGAGCAAGAAGAGUACAGGAGAGAAGCCAUUGACUGGGUGUCCAUUGACUUUGGUCUGGAUUUGCAAGCCUGUAUAGAUCUUAUUGAGAAGCCCAUGGGCAUCCUUUCCAUCCUUGAAGAAGAAUGCAUGUUUACUAAGGCUACAGACAUGACUUUCAAGACAAAACUCUUCGAUAACCAUUUUGGAAAGUCAGUUCAUUUUCAAAAACCAAAGACUGAUAAGAAGGAGAAACAUGAAGCUCACUUUGAACUUGUCCAUUAUGCAGGAGUGGUUCCUUAUAACAUCUGUGGUUGGCUUGGAAAGAACAAAGACCUUCUUAAUGAAACAGUGGUGGCGCUAUUUCAGAGGUCUUCCAGUAGACUCUUGGCAAGUCUUUUUGAAAACUACACCAGUGCUGAUAGUGCUAUACAAUUUGGGGACAAGAAACACAAGAAAGGUGCCUCGCUGCCGUCGAUUACAUCUCUGCAUAAAGAAAACCUAAAUGCAUUGAUGGCUACUUUGAAAUCAACAGCACCUCACUUUGUAAGAUGUAUAAAUCCCAAUGCGAACAAAAUGCCAGGUGUUAUGGACCCUCUCCUGGUUCUGCAGCAGCUGCGCUGUAAUGGUGUCUUAGAAGGGAUUAGGAUAAGCCGUGAAGGUUUCCCCAAUCGAAUGCUGUAUGAUGAUUUUAAACAAAGGUACUGCGUUCUACACCCCAGGAUCUUGUCAAAGUGCAGGUGUGUCAGCAGCAGAGCAGCUGUUGAGGAAGCGCUUGUCUUUCUGGAGGUAGACAAUACCAAGUACCAGCUGGGGAUGACUCAGGUAUUUUUUAAAGUUAACUUUCUGGCCCAGUUGGAAGAAAGAAGAGAUGAGAGAGUAUCUAAGGUCCUCAUAUUGUUCCAAGCCAGAGCACGAGGCAAGCUGAUGCGUAUUACAUUCCAGAAGAUUCUACAGAAAAGAGAUGCACUUCUUUUGAUCCAAGGGAACAUAAGAGCUUUCAUGGCUAUAAAGAAUUGGCCCUGGAUGGGGCUCUUUCUCAAGAUCAAGCCCUUUAUUAAGUCUGGAGGGGACACAGGUGGACGGAAGGAAGAGUAUGAGCAGCUGCAGAAAGCCUUGGAGAAGUCAGAGUCUCAGAGGGAGGAACUGCAAGCCGGGCAGGUAUCCCUUCUCCAAGAAAAGAAAGACCUGCUUUUCCAGCUGCAGACUAAGGGAGAGGCCCUGGCCAAUGCUGAAGCGCAGUGUGGGUCACUGAAGAAAUCUAAUGCCCAGCUGGAGGCCAGAGUGAAGGAGCUGUCUGGGCGGGUAGGGGAAGAAGAGGAGAGAUGUUCUGAGCUGACCGCCAGGGGGCGGAAAGUGGAAGAUGAAUGUUCUGAGUUGAAGAAAGAAAUUGAUGACUUGGAAACAAUAUUGGCGAAGUCAGAAAAGGAAAAACAUGUAGCACAGCACAAGGUGAAGACCUUGGCUGAGGAGGUGGACUUUCUAAACAAGGACAUUAGUAAACUUAAUAGAGCAAUGAAGGCUCUGCAGGAGACCCACCAGCAGACCCAGGAGAACUUGCAUACAGAGGAGGAUAAAUUCAGCAACCUGAGCAAAGAAAAUCAGAAACUGGGGCAGCAAGUUGACGCACUGGAAGGUGCCCUUGAACGGGAGAGGAAAGCCAGACUGAAGUGUGAGAGAGAAAAGCACAGACUGGAGGGCGAUUUAAAGAAGAACCAGGAAAGUGCAGAGGACCUGGAGAGGAGCCAGCAGCAGCUAGCCGAGCAGCUGAGGAAGAAAGAAUUAGAAGUAAGUCAGAUGAAUUCAAAGGUGGAGACAGAGAAAAGCCUGGUGGGUCAGCUGCAGAAGAUGGUUCAAGAGCUUCAGACUCAUAUAAGACACUUGAAAGAGGAACUGGAAACCGAAAAGACCACUCGAGCCAAGGUGGAAAGAGAGAAAGCUGUCCUCACCCGAGACCUGGAAGACUUGAAUGAGAGACUGGAGGAGGCGGGGGGGAGCAGCUUGGCUCAGCUGGAGAUAACUAAAAACCAGGAGGAAAGAUUUCAGAAGCUUCGGAGAGUCAUGGAGGAGGCUACCCUGCACUUCGAGGCAACUUCUGCCUCUUCCAUAAAGAGAUACGCAGACAGCCUGGCUGAGCUUGAGGGCCAGGUAGAAAACCUGCGGCAGGUCAAGCAGACCCUGGAACAAGACAAGGGUGACUUGCAGCUACAAGUGAAUGACCUGCAGAUGCAUGUUGAGCAGAUGUCCAGAGCUAAGGUGGGUGCUGAGAAGCUGUGUAGUCUGUAUGAAAGGCGCUUGAGCGAAGCAAACACUAAGCUGGAUGAGGUGACCCAGUUGGCAAACGACCUGACAGUGCAGCAGACAAAACUACAGAGAGAAGGUGGUGAGCUUUUAAAUAGACUGGAAGAAAAGGAAGCUCUGAUAAGCCAACUUUCCAGAGAAAAGAAGAACUUCACUCUUCAAAUUGAGGAACUGAGGAUGCAGCUGGAAGAGGAGACCAGGUCUCAGAGUGUCCUGGCCCAUGCCCUGCGCUCAGCCAAGCAUGACUACAGACUUCUUCACGAACAGUAUGAAGAAGAGCAGGAGGUCAAGGCUCAGCUGCACCGGGCCCUGGCCAAAGGCAACAAGGAAACAGUCCAGUGGAGAAUGAAGUAUGAGCGUGACAUGAUCCAGAAAACUGAAGACCUGGAGGAUUCCAAGAAGAAGCUGGCCAUCAGGCUGCAAGAGGCUGCCAGCAGCACGGGGGCGGCCCACGCGCGGAGCGCCGCGCUGGAGAGGGCCCGGCAGCGGCUGCGGCGCGAGCUCGGGGACGUGAACUCAGCCCUGGGGACGGCGCGCGCGGCGGCGGCGGCGCGGGAACAGGAGCGGCAGCGCGUGGAUGACGCCAGGGCAGGCUGGCAGCGGAGGUGCCAGGAGAGCCAGGCCUUGCUGGACGCCUCCCAGGGGGAGGCCCGGGCUCUGGGCGCCCAGGUCCUCGCCCUCAAGCGCGCCUGUGAGGAGAGCAGCGAGGGCCAGGAGUCACUGCGGAGCCAGAACGCCGGCCUCCAAGAACAGAUCUCUAGUCUCACAAACCAGGUGGAAGAAGCAACAAGGAAAUUAGCUGAAAUGGAGAAGGCCAAGAAGUUGAUUGAACAAGAGAAGGCUGAAGCCCAAGAGUCACUGGAAGAAAAAGAGGGAGCUCUGGAACGGAAUGAAAGCAAGAUUCUUCAUUUGCAGACUGAACUCUCAGAAGCCAAAGCAGAACUUGAAAGAAAGCUUUCAGAGAAAGAAGAAGAAAUAGAAAAUUUAAGGAGGAACCAGCAGUGUGCUAUGGACGCCCUGCAGUCCAGCCUGGAUUCUGAAACUAGGAGCAGAAUUGAGGCCACCCGGCUCAAGAAGAAGAUGGAAGGGGACCUCAAGGAGAUGGAAAUUCAGCUUUGCUCUGCAAACCGCCAGGUCUCACAAACAACCAAGUCCCUGGGCCAGCUUCAGAGCCAGAUGAAGGACCUUCAAGCACAGCUGGGUGACAGCACGUGCUGGAACCGUGACCUGAAGGAGCAGGUGUCUCUAGCUGAGCAGCGCAACUCUGUUCUUCAGUCUGAACUGGAGGAGCUGAGGUCCUUGCAAGAGCAGACUGAGUGUGGGCGCAGGCUGGCAGAAAAAGAGCUCCUGGAAGCCACAGAAAGAAUCAAUGUUUUCCAUACCCAGAACACGAGCCUCCUUGGGCAGAGGAAGAGACUGCAGGCUGAUGUCGCUCGAAUGCAGAAGGAAGCUGAAGAGCUGCUGCGGGGACGUGACGAGGCAGAAGAGAAGGCCAAGAAGGCUGCCUCCGAGGCUGCAAACAUGUCAGAAGAACUGAAGAAGCAACAAGACACCAGCGCCCACUUGGAGAAGAUGAGAAAGAAUAUGGAGCAGACAAUCAAGGAUUUGCAAAAAAGGCUGGAUGAAGAAGGACAGACUGCCUUGCUGGGAAGCAAAAAGCAAAUCCAGAACCUGGAAUCCAGGGUGCGGGACCUGGAAAGUGAGCUGGACAGUGAGCUCAGGCGCAGCGCGGAGGCCCAGAGGGAAGCCCGCAGGCUGGAGCGAGGCAUCAGAGAGCUGACCUAUCAGGCAGAGGAAGAUAAGAAAGCGCUGAGCAGAAUGCAAGCUCUGAUAGAUAAACUCCAGCUGAAAGGACAGAGUUACAAGCAGCAGGUAGAGGCCGCGGAGGCACAAGCUAAUCAAUACCUUUCGAAGUAUAAGAAGCAGCAACAUGAGCUGAAUGAAGCCAAGGAAAGGGCAGAGGCAGCAGAAUCUCAAGUCCAUAAACUCAAGGCCAAAGUCAAAGAGCUUGAAAGAAAGGUUCGUGAGGAGUAAGCGAUUUCUUCUUUCAAAAGGACAAGUGGAAGAGUAAAAGGAAGAUGGUCUAAAACUUAAGGCUGAAUUUGAAACAAGCCCUUAGAGGAUUUACAUAUUUAUGU